AUGGCGCUUGUUACGCUCGGGCAGAAUCUGCAGGGCCCGGCAUCCCUGAUCGUGCAGUUCCUAGGGGCUGUGCCGGCUCCUGCUAUGGCUGCCACUCUCACUGCGACGUGGCGACUCAGAAGUACAUCUGUUGAAGCAGAUGUUGUGCUGCAGGAUAUGUUGACACCCAUGCUGAAGACGAUACAAGGCUUGCUGAAUGACUUGCGAUGCGCUUCGGCCGACAUCAGGCAAGGCUCCAAAGUCUCGGAAAUUCGGCAUGGUGCAGGCAGAUGCGUUCAAGCUGCACGCAGUGUCCUGGACCUUUUACACGCAUGUUUUGGACAAGCUGGACCUGCCUUGGAGUUUUGGAGCCGUCUUGGUCUUGGCCCUCACAAGGCAUUUGCCAAGAUGCAGUCUAUCCUGGACCGCUCUUCCGAAGAUGACUCCCCGAUAAUCAUCCAGAUCAGAGUCCAGCACCUGUUGAGUCUGGCAAGUGCCAUCCAGCACGCCUACGAUGGACAGCUCCGCCGCAUGCUGACAUUGCAGAGCCAGGAGUAUUUGAAGAAGAGCGUGAUUCUCGAGGAGCAGCGCAAAGCAGCAGCAGAAGACAAGGAAGCCGAGCGGAGGCACAAAAUAGAGAACCGGAACAACAAGAAGGUCGCAGGGCUGGUGAAGAAGCUUCUCACCAUACGGAAGAGACAGGCUGUGGAAGAGGGGCAGCGAAUGGCAGUUCAGAAGAUUGCUGCCAAGGAAUCCAGACGGCUUGCAGAAGCUGAAGCUCAGCAAGCAAAGGAAGAGGCAGCGCAAGCACUAAAACGGGAGCAGAACCGAAAAAGAAAGGAGGAGUGGAAGCAGAAGGAGAAGCAAAAGAAAAGAGAUGCCAAGAUGCAGAAGUCCCAGAUUGAACCUCAAGAGACGAGUCCGGCAACAUCAACUGCCUCUCCCACGAAAGCCUGGAAGCUCAAAGCGUCUCCAGCUUCGAAGCCGACGGUGACUCCCAGUGCUCCCGCACAGCUCAAGACGAUGGCAGAUCACACAGAGACGCUCCAAGAGACAAUGUUGAGCCGUAGUGAGGGGGAUCACUUUGUCUACAAGCUGCGUGUUCGAAUGAGUCUCCUGGACCGCAUGUCGGAAGCAGACCUUCGUCAUCAGUUGGAAGAGGUGCGGAAGGCUAGCCCGAACAUCUCGCAAGCUUUGCGACGUCUUUUCUCACACUAUGUUACGGUGCAGCCCACCGAGAAGGACAAGAUCCUCACCGAUGCCAUAGAGCGGGUGUGCGAGUUCGACGCCAUGGCUGACUCGUGGGGUUUAGGCCUGAUGCGCUGGAGCUGUCGGCAGGACACGGAAGGCCGCAAGGAGCUCCCGAAAGUCUUCCGUCGGCCGUGUGCCGCGCCACAGGAGUUGGGACAGUUCCGUCGCCUUCCAGUGCAGUAUUUAGAGGCCAAAGAGGCUUCCAUGAUGGACAGACCGGAUCGUUGCAAGUGGUACAGCUCAAAGGAGCAUCCCGCCUUCAUGAUUGCUGGCAAGCCCACCACCUGCCACAGUUUCAUGAUGUUUCAUGACACCUCCAACGCAGAGUCCUUGGAUCCGCCGUCGCCAUGGGCCUCAUGGACCAUGGCUGCGGCCAAGCCCUUCGUGGAUCAUUACGCUGUGCUGGGCUGUUCUCCGGACAGCUCCCUGGAGCAGCUGAAGAAGGCCUACCACGAGAAGCUUCGAGAGUUCCACCCGGACAAGCGGCCGUGGAGUGCAGGGGGCUAUGGCCAGAACGUGACUCAGUCGCUGAAUGAGGCCUGGGAGGCUCUACGAUUCCCGGCUCUCCGCGAGGCAUACGACGUCAUCUGGCGCAGAGAAAAGGCGCCGCCGGAGCCUCCUCCGCGGCGAGACCGUAGCAGCAGCAGGAAGAGGCAUGAACCUGCUGAACCUGAGAGCAGGGCCAAGGAGUCAGAGAAGCCGGAGCAGGAUCAGGAGGAGGCCAGGGCCAAAGCAGAAGCUAAGCUGCAGGCAGAAGCCCUGCGGAGUGAAGGCAACGAGCUCUAUCGGCAGGCGCAGGCCAUGCUCCGGGAAGCAGGCGAUGAUGCUGACAGCCUUCCCGACCGCAUGGCUGCCAUGCAGAAGUUUCGCAUCGCUAUCAAGAAGUACAGCGAUGCCAUGAAGUUAACACCAAGCAACUACAGACUCUGGAGCAACAGAGCCCUGUGCCACUCGGCACUGAAGGACUGGGACCUCUGCCGGGAGGAUCGGCUUGCGGCACUCCGGCGCCUGGCACUGCCGUCACAGCUGUCUCAGGAGGUCAGGCGGCGGGGAGUCCACAGCGCCAAGGUGCGCCAAGUCCUUGGUGCGCUGCCUGGCCUUCAAGCGGAGGUGGCUAAGUUCUCGGUGCGCAGCGGACCACGGCGAGGCUUCGUAGGCCGCCUUCUGGAUCCAAAGCUGCCAGUGGAGCGGCGGUGCGUGGUGGUCUACUGCCCCAGCGAGCGGGAGGGCGGCGCAGGAGCGGAGGAGUGCUUGGAACUUUGUCCGGAACUGCUCCCGCUCGGCAUUGCCAUCUUCGCCAUCGACGUGAGCUCGCAUGGGACAAGCCACUGCCUGGAGCAGGACGUGGCAGCGGCCAUCGAGAUGUUGCGGCAAGGCCAUAAAGCCAUCCCGCCUUAUCCUUACGUGGCCCUCUGGGGGCGCUCUGCUGGUGCUGUGGCGGCUUUGGAAGCGGCGAAGGACCCUACACUGGCUGCGAUCGUGUGCGACAGUGCUUACUCCGAUCUGGCAUCCUUGCUGGAAGUGCCGGGGGUGCUGUCAGCUCCACUGGCAGGCCUAUGCCAGCUAGCAUCUGGAAGCUGGCUACUGGGUCCUGGAACCGACUCCAGCAAGACACCUACAGAUCCUGUUGAGUAUGCCAGGUCCUGCUUUGUGCCUGGGCUUUUUUUGCACGCGGCCGAAGAUGAGCUGUUGUCCUCCGAUCAUGCGAGGAAUCUGCGGCAAGCUCACGGCGGAGAGGCGCAGCUCCUGACCAUGAGCCGCACUUGUCACGACUCUGCCCGGCCGAACGAGGCGAUCUCAAGAGCAGCCCUGUUCCUCUCUAGGGCCUUUGGCCUCGAAAAUGAGGCGGUGUCACGCCUGGCACUCUACUUGUCGAGGCUCCAUCCUGAUGAUGCAACGGACAAGAUUGACCGGGAAGCCGCCAAGCUUCUGGCAGCGCAGGAGGUGCAGAAGCGGCGCUGGGGGCUCUUGAUGAAGGCUGUGAAUCAUUGCCCUGCGUAUCACGGAGCCUCCUUUACACGAGCCACGGCCAGGGGUGUGAGGCCAUCACCAGCAGGCCCGAACUAUGUGAAGUACGCCAUUCUGGUCACACUGCCCUCUGCAAGCAGCGAGGUCUGCAUUGCUUGGGCAGCCGAGAUGACUGCAGAGAAUGCUGACAAUCGAAGACUUGGCACAGUCCACUUCGCCAACAUCUCUUGCUCCUGCCUGAGUUUGACCCGCGCUACCGUCCACGAGGACGAGACAAACCAGACGGUUCACUUGGAGGACUUGGCCGUGCAGGAGUCAAGCCUCGUGCCGCGAGAGAAACCAUACACCAUGCUGCUGGCACUGGCCGACUCCGGCCGUGUUGAGAUGAAGCUCGGCAAUUGCAGUGUGCAGUGGGGUCGUCUCAACCAGGACACCGGUUUCAUCGCCAGCUUGUCCUUGUGGUCUGCCAGCUUCGGUGGCGCAGGGCUGGUUGAGUUCAAGGACGAGCUUCUGCCUCGACAGCCAGACAGCGGAGGAGCGGAGCCCGAGCACCAUUUCAUCGGUACGAAGCAGGUGCAGGAUCCCUCGAAGGUAUCGCUGCUGGAGAGCUUGCCGGGCUCCGCGGCGGAGCUUGCUUGGCACCUCUACAAGAAGCAGCAUCACGGGUCGCUUCACAAGGCCAGGCCACCGGAGUUGGAGUUGCCCGGAACGCUUCCCGACGAGGAUCGCACGGCUCUGCAAUCCUUGGGGAGGCAGUGCCGGGGGCGCAAUUCCAGCGAGUUGUCGGUGCAGAGCGAGCUGUCCGCAGGCACUUUCCUCUCCAAAGCCGCGGACAGCUUGGCCCUGUCCCUUUCGACAGUCCAGAGUGAAGAAGCUGAUGGUCGCCCGGAGGAUGAAUGCAGUCAAUCCUCGCUGCACUUCCAGCCUCCCGUGAGAGCGAACACGCAGGAAGGAUCUGUCAGCGAAGCAAGCGAAGGAUCUGGAAACGGCCACGGGCUGGCGCGGAGCCACACCUGGCCAGAUCUCCAGGAGCCAUGCUUGUAUGCGUCCACGCGAGGCCGCCGCCACACAUGGAGUUGUUUGGACACAGCGCUGCCAAUUCUACACAUCAGCGAUGUCGGAGUCGCUUGGGAGAUCGCUGAGAUCACAAGACUUUACUUCAAGCCACCAGCUGGUUCCGUUGACGCCUUGCGUGCCACCCAGCUGAAGUCAGACUUUGCGAAGGGCUGGGUCUUGGUGGCCAAGGCCAUGUGGAAGGAGGGCUCUCGUGCAGCAGCUUUGAAGCAGAUCGAGGUGGCCCUGCGGCUGGUCAGCCAACCAGAUGAUCUCCUCAUGCUCCGG